UAUUAUUUUAUUUCUAUAUCCAACUACAAUUUGAACUAGAAAGCUCGGCGGCGAUAACGAUCACACGGAAGCCGGCCCAUUUUCAUGUGACAACAACGACGCCUCGGCGGCAACUCGUCCUCCUCCUUCUCCUCCUCCUCUGCUUCUGUGAGACCCGCGGUUCCGUUAGGUUCUUUCACUGGCACUCGGUCCCUUAAGCCAUGACCACCAGGAGGCGGACCUUGCUAAAGGUCAUCGUUCUAGGUUUGUUGGGUGAAGUGGGGAAGACGUCGCUGAUGAAUCAAUAUGUACACAAGAAAUUCACUCAACAGUACAAGGCUACGAUAGGUGCAGAUUUCGUCACCAAAGAGAUCCAGAUUGAUGAUAGACUUGUAACUUUGCAAAUAUGGGAUACAGCAGGUCAGGAAAGAUUUCAGAGUCUUGGUGUUGCAUUCUACAGAGGAGCGGAUUGCUGCAUCCUAGUUUAUGAUGUUAAUGUUCUUAGAUCAUUUGAUACUCUUGACAAUUGGCAUGAUGAAUUUCUGAAACAGGCUAGUCCUUCUGAUCCUGGUACAUUUCCAUUUAUUCUCGUUGGAAACAAGGUUGAUGUUGAUGGCGGGAACAGCAGGGUGGUUUCUGAGAAGAAAGCAAAAGAAUGGUGUGCUUCCCGUGGGAAUAUACCUUACUUUGAAACGUCUGCAAAGGAAGACUACAAUGUUGAUUCAGCUUUUCUUCGCAUUGCAAAAAUGGCACUUGAGAAAAACCGUGAUCAUGAUAUAUAUUUCCAGAACAUUCCGGAACCAGUUUCAGAACCUGAGCCUGGGAGAGGAUGCGCAUGUUAGUAGCUGCCAGAAAUUAUUAGGUGCAAAUUUCUUACCAGCACCUCUUUCUGUAUGGCAAUACCAGAGUACAUAGUGAGAAACAUAAUUUUGUACUCCCAUCAUCACCAUCAAAUAUAAUUGCGUAUAUAACCCGCACAUCAAUUAUUUUUCAUUAAUUUGCGUCGCAUUUUGCAGUCGAAAUAUACGUCUAACCAGCUCUC